CCAAAGCUCCCUGUUGUCCCUGGCCAACCCGCAGUCCUGCGGUGCGAGGCAGGGUUCCGGGUUGAGCAAAGGCUCCUUGUCUGCCUGGCCAACCCGCUGGGACUGCACCUAGCUCUUCCCCCUUAUCGAACUAAAAGUACAUAUUUGCUUCUCCUUUAAAAUAUUAUUGGGAUAAGUUCCCAUAAAGUGAGCAAGGAAGUGGCUUGACAUAUGACUGCCUUGGUAGUCAUUACUUAAUGAACAAACCUCAUUGUUUAUUCUAAAUGUGGCAUUCAUGCUCUACUGCUUAAGAACGAGUGACAGGAAUUUGCGGUGUUCUAGCUAUUGUUAGUUUUAAAGACAAUGUAUGUUCAUCCACGAUAUGUAUUUCUCCUUAGAGAAAUAGGUCACCUGCUUAUAGAGGCUAUAUAAACUAUACAUGUGAAAAUAAAGCUUGUCCAUUGUGGCCAUCAGCCGCAUGGAACCUCCUAUCCCAUGAACUUUUAGUUUCUUGUUUCUUUCUCAUCCCCUUGCCCUCGGUUCCUGAAUCUGGACCUUCUCUGCCCGGCCGCGACAAGUGGCGCCCGAACAGGGACCCGAGACAGAGUGAAAGAAGAAGUGUUCAAGUUACAGGAUGAAGAAGCGCCGCGCUGGGUUCCAGCCAAAUUUGUUAGAGAUAUCAAAACUGAGAAGGAAGAUGAGUCAGCUGAACUUAUGCCCUCCUCGGAGGAAGAGGACUCGUAAGACGAAUCUGCCAUCAUGGAGGCAAAUGAGGAAAUUAACCUCGCAAGCCACAAGUUUGAUAAGAAGAUUGAUUUCAACACAAAAUUAUUCCUGGUGCAACAACCUCCAUAUUGGAUGAUCCCUGUUGACGUGAGAGGACCUUGGUACGCGAACUUUGGUAUGCAGUUAGCUCAAAAAUUGGUGAAGAAGCUAAGAAGAACUCGAAGAUUUCUUGGACUUUUAAUUGCAGGGAUAGUGGCUACUAUUGCUCUUAUUGCCUCUGCUACUGCAUCUGUUGUAUCUUUGCAUGAAAAUGCUCAGACUGCUGAACAUGUAAAUGAACUUGCUAGAAAUGUAACUAUUGCUCUUGAUGCUCAAAAAAGAAUUGAUGAAAAAAUUGAAGCGCAGAUUGAAGCUUUAAAAGAAGCCGUUUUAUAUCUUGGUGAUCAAUUUGUUGUACUAAAAACUAUAACCCAAUUGACUUGCCAUGACGCUUAUAAACAUAUUUGUGUUACCCCACUGCCUUUUAAUGGGUCAUGGGAAAAUGUACGUAUGCAUUUACAAGGGGUUUGGAAUCAUGCUAAUAUUAGUCUAGAUCUCUUAAAAUUACAACAAGAAAUAGACGCCAUUAGCCAAAGUAUGUUACAUUAUGAAGAUCCCAGCGAUUUAGCCGGUGAGAUCUUAAAUCAGCUAAAUGGUUUUAAUCCCUUCAAUUCACUGAAACAUUCCUUUUGGAUAUUUUUGGCAUUAAUAAUCGGGUUAAUUCUGAUGUAUGUAAUGUUUGCCUGCUUUUGCAAAAAACUCAAUAAUCAAUUAAACUCCUCUAAGGCACAACUUCACUUUUUGCAUUUGAAAAAUAUAGGGGGAAAUGUCGGGAGCGGUCCCGCGGUGUGAGGCAGGGUUCCAAGUUGAGCCAAAGCUCCUUGUCGUCCCUGGCCAACCCGCAGUCCUGCGGUGCGAAGCAGGGUUCCGGGUUGAACAAAGGCUCCUUGUCAUGCCUGGCCAACCCGCUGGGACUGCACCUAGCUCUUCCCCCUUAUCGAACUAAAAGUACAUAUUUGCUUCUCCUUUAAAAUAUUAUUGGGAUAAGUUCCCAUAAAGUGAGCAAGGAAGUGGCUUGACAUAUGACUGCCUUGGUAGUCAUUACUUAAUGAACAAACCUCAUUGUUUAUUCUAAAUGUGGCAUUCAUGCUCUACUGCUUAAGAACGAGUGACAGGAAUUUGCGGUGUUCUAGCUAUUGUUAGUUUUAAAGACAAUGUAUGUUCGUCCACGAUAUGUAUUUCUCCUUAGAGAAAUAGGUCACCUGCUUAUAGAGGCUAUAUAAACUAUACAUGUGAAAAUAAAGCUUGUCCAUUGUGGCCAUCAGCCGCAUGGAACCUCCUAUCCCA